AUGGCGAGACAGAACGGCCAAAACUUCCGCCGCAUGGGCAGAGGCGGCAACACCUCUUAUGGAUCACGGAAAAUGAAGACUGCCGACAUAUCAACGCUACGAGGAUCAGAAGCAACGUCACAGAAUGAGAAGCUCGAGGCCACACGGCUGGCUCACAAGAUCGACGAGGCCAUGGGCUUCGAGCGUUUCGAGGCUGGAAGGAAAAGAGAAGGAUGGCUCGUCAAUAUGCACAGUACCACCAUUGAAGACAGCAAGAACCAAGGAGGUCGCGCGGGCGUUGACUUUUACUUUUUGCAAGACGACGGAAACACCUUCAAGGCCACCCUCGAGUACGACCCUUAUUUUCUUAUUGCAGUCAAGAGAGGGAAGGAGCCAGAAGUCGAAGAGUGGUGUAAGAGGUCUUUUGAAGGCAUGGUGAAGACUGUGCAAAGGAUAGACAAGGAGGACCUGUCAAUGCCGAACCAUUUGCUCGGACAUCGACGAAACUUCCUCAAACUCACUUUCGCCAACGUCGAUCACCUACUACAAGUCAGAAGGGGCAUCUCACCCGUCGCCGAGAAGAACAAGAGCAAGAUGAAUGCCAUGGACACAUAUGCCGAGGUCGCGACUGCGAAUGCUGGAAUUGACAUGUUUGACGACGACUUCGAGCAAGCAAACAAGGCCAGCAUCUUCGACGCCAGCGACUUCAUCGUUGACAUCAGAGAGUACGAUGUACCCUACCACGUACGAGUGGCCAUCGACCAGGACAUUCGGAUAGGAAAAUGGUACACCGUCGACGCGAAACACGGCCACAUCACUUUGACCUGCAUCGAAGAGAGGCUACAACGUGCUGACCCCGUCAUUCUCGCCUUCGAUAUCGAGACUUGCAAAGCGCCGCUCAAGUUCCCUGAUGCUGCUGUGGACCAGAUCAUGAUGAUUUCGUACAUGAUUGACGGCCAAGGUUUUCUCAUCACUAAUCGAGAAAUCGUAUCCGAGGACAUUGCCGACUUCGAAUACACGCCUAAGCCAGAGUACGAGGGCCCUUUUCUAAUCUUCAACGAGCCGGAUGAGAGAGCGCUUCUCGAACGAUUCUUCGAGUGUAUCAAGGAAGCCCGCCCUACGAUCAUCGUCACAUACAACGGUGACUUUUUCGAUUGGCCAUAUGUCGAAGCCAGGGCUAGUAUCCAAGGCAUUGACAUGUACCAAGAAAUUGGUUUCCGCAAGAACAGCGAGGAUAUCUACCAGUCAAAUUACUGUGCGCAUAUGGAUGCUUUCGCCUGGGUUAAUCGUGACAGUUACUUGCCUCAAGGAAGUAGAGGUCUCAAGGCUGUCACAGUUGCCAAACUUGGCUACGACCCCGACGAACUGGAUCCGGAGUUGAUGACGCCGUAUGCACAAGAGCGACCACAGACGCUAGCAGAGUACUCCGUCUCAGACGCCGUGGCGACAUACUACCUCUACAUGAAAUACGUUCAUCCCUUCAUCUUCUCACUUUGUACCAUCAUUCCGCUCGGACCUGAUGAUGUGCUACGAAAGGGUACAGGUACACUUUGCGAAAUGUUGCUCAUGGUUCAGGCCUACCAGAAAGAGAUCGUCCUACCCAACAAGCAUCAAGCACCGCGAGAAGCUUUCUGGGAGGGGCAUUUGCUCGAAUCAGAAACUUACGUUGGUGGUCACGUCGAGAGUAUUGAAGCUGGUGUCUUCCGUGCCGACAUUCCAUGCAACUUCGCUGUCGAUCCGGCUGCCAUCGAUGAACUAAUUAAAGAGCUCGACAACGCCCUUAAAUUCAGCAUCGUAGUAGAAGAAAAGAAGUCACUGGAUGACAUCGAGAACUACGAAGAGGUCAAGGCUCAGAUCUUGGAGAAAUUGAUCCAGCUCAAGGAGACGCCAAAUCGCAAGGAGAAGCCUUUGAUCUACCAUUUGGACGUCGCUUCCAUGUACCCCAAUAUCAUGACAACAAACCGUCUGCAACCUGAUUCUAUGAUCGAGGAAGCAGAUUGCGCUGCUUGCGAUUUCAACAGACCUGGCAAGACUUGUGAUCGAAGACUGCCCUGGUCCUGGAGAGGAGAAUAUCUGCCUGCGAAACGCGACGAGUACAACAUGAUCCGGCAUGCCUUGGAGAGCGAGAAGUUCCCGGGAAAAUACGCAAACAGCUUAUCUCGAGGCUUUUCAGAUCUAUCUCUCGACGAGCAAUCAGUGCUGGUCAAGAAGCGACUACAAGAUUACAGCAAGAAGAUUUACCACAAGAUCCACGAAGCCAAGACCAUUGAGAAGGAAGCCAUCAUCUGUCAACGAGAGAAUCCAUUCUACGUCGAUACGGUCAAAGAUUUCCGUGACAGAAGAUAUGAUUUCAAGGGAAAGCAAAAAGUCUGGAAAGGCAAGACUGAAGACCUGAAGAAGGCUGGUGCUUCGGCGGCUGAAGUCGAUGAUGCUAAGAAGAUGAUCAUCUUGUUCGACUCGCUCCAACUUGCCCACAAGGUCAUUCUGAACAGUUUCUACGGUUAUGUCAUGAGAAAAGGUUCUCGCUGGUAUUCCAUGGAGAUGGCCGGUGUGACCUGUCUGACUGGCGCUCGUAUCAUUCAGAUGGCGCGUCAGCUAGUAGAGCGCAUCGGACGACCACUCGAACUCGACACUGACGGUAUUUGGUGUAUUCUUCCUGCGACCUUUCCCGAAAACUUCGCCUUCAAGAUGAAGAAUGGCAAGAAGGUCGCCAUCUCAUACCCUUGUGUCAUGUUGAAUCAUCGUGUGCACGACGGCUUUACCAACCACCAAUAUCAGGAGCUGGUAGAUCCUCAGACAUUUCGCUACGAGACACAUAGCGACAACACUAUCUUCUUCGAGGUCGACGGUCCGUACAGAGCCAUGAUUCUCCCCACAUCCAAAGAAGAAGACAAGAACUUGAAGAAGCGUUAUGCUGUCUUCAACCAUGAUGGUACUCUUGCUGAACUGAAAGGUUUCGAAGUCAAGCGUCGUGGUGAGCUGAAGCUGAUCAAGAUCUUCCAAACACAAAUUUUCAAGUUCUUCCUCGAGGGCACCACGCUUGAAGAAACGUACGGAGCGGUCGCUACGGUCGCAAACAGAUGGCUGGACGUUCUAGACUCUCGUGGUUCUACCCUUGCUGAUGAAGAGCUUAUUGAUUUGAUUUGCGAGAACAAGAGUAUGGCUAAGACACUUGAGGAGUAUGGUGCGCAGAAGUCGACAGCCAUCACCACUGCGAAGCGUCUUGCCGAGUUCUUGGGAGAGCAGAUGGUCAAAGAUAAAGGCUUGAACUGCAAGUACAUUAUCUCGUCAAGACCUAGAAACGCUCCCGUCACUGAACGUGCCAUCCCGGUCGCCAUCUUCUCGGCUGAAGAGUCAGUCAAGAAGCAUUACCUUAGGAAGUGGAUGAAGGACGACCCGGGAGACAUGGAUCCUCGCACUGUUAUUGACUGGAACUAUUACCUUGAACGUCUUGGUUCGGUCAUUCAGAAGCUCAUCACUAUUCCUGCAGCUUUGCAGAAAAUUCGCAAUCCUGUACCUCGUGUCGCUCAUCCCGAAUGGCUCGAGCGCAGGAUCAGAAUCAAGGAUGAUGUGUUCAAACAGAAGAAGAUGACAGACAUGUUUACAAAGAAGCCCCUGGAGGCUGCUGAUAUCAAUUCCGUCAAUGGUCGAGUUAUCGGAGACCUUGAAGACUUUGGUUCAUCGUCGUUGACUGUGCCAAAAAGAGCUAUCGUUGCAAGAGUGGCCUCUUCCCAGAAGCGAAAGGCUGCCGAAGUCGAGCCCGUCGUACCUGUCAACCCGUAUGACAGCCUGCCGCCGAACAUGCCUUCAAUCACUGAGGAUUAUGAAGGUUGGCUGCAAUACCAAAAGAAGAAGUGGAAGAUUCAGAAGCAAGCUCGCAAGAGAAGACGCCAGCUCUUUGGUGAAAAGCGAGUUGACAACACUGAUGCGAUUGGCAACAUGUUCCGCAACCAGAGCGAAUUGAUGUACAACUCGACCUGGCAGAUCCUGCAGCUCUGCGAGGGCGAGAGUCCUGGUGAAGUCAAGGCCUUCGUCUUGAUUGAUCAGAAGGUGCAUCAGCUCAAGGUUGUAGUGCCGCGUCAAGUCUUCCUCAACUUGAAGGGAGAUGAUCUGCCUGAUGUCUCUGUGGACGGCGUGUCAGCUGAGAAGGUGGUCAACUACACUCUUCCGAACGGCCAUCCCUCAGUGCAUCUCUUCAAGCUCAGUAUGCCUGAACAUGUCUACAUCAAAGACGCGGACAAGCUCGCAGCGCUCUUCAACCACUCGAGUGUCGAGGGAGUGUACGAGACACAAGUCCCUCUUGACAUCAGAGCAGUGCUUGAGCUCGGUAGCACCUGUACCUUCGACGAGAAGCAAGCAGGUGUUUUAGGCAAAGGUAUGACCCAUGGUUUCGACCUGUCAGCCUUGCACUAUGUGGCUCCCAAGCAGCCUUAUCUGUCGUCUUCGCCCAUGAGCUACCUCUAUCUCUACCACGUCAUUGCUGGCGAGCGUCAGAUCUUCGCAUUGUUCUGCUCAUCGAAGAAGGAAGCUCAGGUUGUUGUUUUGAACAGAUCGCGUGCUGAUCAAGGUAUGCCCAAUGUAGACCGCAUCUACCAAGACAUGUUUGCCAAGAAGCUGGAAGAAAAUCAGGGCGAGCAAUGGCAAGACGUCUUUGAGUACCAAGAAGACAUCCACUUCAAGACUGUCAAUGUCACCACCAAGAAAAGAGCGCUCCAGGAGGUUGGCGAUGCUAUCAAGAAGAUUCAGAAGGAAGAGACUAGCCCUCUGAUGGUUGUCAUCCAGUCUCAGCAACCUCGUCUGCUCAGACAUGACCUUCCUGUCCUGCAAGAUUUGCCCAUGCUACCUCUGAAGUCUGAUGAAGAUGACAAGAGACUGCCUCCUCUCGGAUGGCAAUCAUUCGUCGCAAAGAGACUAGUUGGCCAUUACCUCGACCUCGGAUCAUGGAUAACACACUUGAUCGAGCUCAGUCGUUAUGGCAAUGUACCUCUCUGCAACCUCGAGAAAGAUGAUCCUCGCUUCUUGAUCGAUAUUUCGUAUGCGAGAAGACUGCAAAAGGAAAAGGUUGUGCUUUGGUGGUCAGCCAAUCCUCGCCCGGACCAUGCUGGCUAUGAGAAAGACGAUAUACUGGCUGCUAUGGAGACUGUGGACAUGCCUUCGGUGAACAACCCUGGAACCUACUCUUCGGUGUGCAUUGAUCUCAGCGUCAAGAAUCUUGCAAUCAACACGAUUUUGUGUUCUGCAGUACUCAAUGAUGCUGAAGGCAGUGAUUCGAUGGGCUUGUCAGUGCCUCCGCCCAACGAAGAAGGUAUCGAAGACAUUUCGCACGUUGUCUCUGGCGAAAACACCUUUGCUCAAGCAGGUAUCAUAGCUCUGCGAGAGAUGGUCAGAGCUUGGUGGGAAGAAGCUUGCCGUGGUGGUGGCAUGGCAGAUGUCAUGGUCCAACACCUGGUGCGCUGGAUUGAGAAUCCUGGCUCUUUCUUGUACGACAAGUCACUGCACUACUACGUGCAGAUGAUGUCGAGAAAGGCCUUGCAGCAACUCAUGUCUGAGUUCAGACGUGUUGGUUCGCACGUUGUGUAUGCCAGUGCAAACAGAUUGCUCUUGCAGACCACAAAGGCUGAAGUUGGCAAUGCUUAUGCCUACAGUCAGUAUAUUCUCAAGACUGUCAACGCCAAGCCAUCAUUCAACUUCCUCGACCUCAGCAUUACCGAGUAUUGGGACUACCUGAUCUGGUACGAUGAGUUCAACUACGGAGGUAAAGGAUGUGCAGAGGUCGUCGAGGCUGAGAACCAGACUCUCAACACCAUCAUGGAGUGGCAGAUUGGCACUUUCUUGCCGAAGAUUCUGCAGCCCAUGUUCAAUGACUGGAUUGUCGAGUAUAUCGAACUCAUGCACGGCCGCAAGAGACCUUCGGCUGGUAUUGCCAAUGGCGCACCUAGACCUACACAACUUCCCAUCCAUGCAUCCAUUUUCGCUUCUGAGAAGGACGAUCAGACUACUCCUGGAGAUGUGCUGGCAAAGACUUUCUCAAAGCCUCUGGCUAAACAGAUCAAAGCCUUGAUCAAGCGUCAAAGAACAGAAGCAAUGCACGAAGAACUAGCUUCUGACUGGACAUUCCCCGACCUCCCCGGCUCUUCUCACACACUCCAAAAUCCAGUCUUGCAAUUAGUAAAGAGUAUCAUGCAAGUACUUUCUCUGGACAAGACAAUCACCCUCGAAGCAAGACUCUUGCGCAAAGAAUUGCUGCACCUUUUCGAGAUCCGCGAGUUUAGCUCUGAAGGUGCUUUUGCAAAUCCGUCCAGCAGUUUGGCUAUCAAACAACUCAGCUGCUCUGAAUGCUGUCUCCCGCGGGAUAUCGACCUCUGUCGCGACAGCGAUAUAAUCCCCUCUGCCUCCACCGACACCACAGCCCCCCGCAUUCUCACCAUCCGCUGCCACAACUGUGACGCCCUCUUUGACCGCCUAGCCAUUGAAGAACGUUUGUUAGCAGAAGUCCAGAAACUAGUCUUGCAAUGGACGACGCAAGAUCUCAAGUGUGGGAAGUGUGGAAGGAUACGACAGAAUGAAUUUAUGGACCAUUGCAGUUGUGCUGGAGAGUGGAUUGUUACGUGCAAGAGGGAAGAAGUUGUGAAGCAAUUGAGAGUUUUUGGAAGUGUGGGGGGAUUCUAUGGGAUGAGGAUGUUGGAGGAUGUUGUGGGGGGUGUUGUUGCUGCUGUCUAG